ACCUUCCAUUUUGGUAGCUUCAACCCUGCAGCUGCUGUGUCUCUCCGUCGUCUGGGAGGAAAACUUUCACAUUAAGAGUUGCUGAUGCCGGAUUUUCUUUCUCUCGCCUCUGCGCAUUGAUGAGCGCUCGGCUCCUGACAGGAGCGAUCUGGCUCUCAGCUUUGUGGUUCCGAAGAAGUUGGGUCUAUAGAUUUUCCCCUAACUCUCUCCAUUGAUGCGUUGAGCUUCUGAGGGAAUCCUACCUUCCCGUAAAGCAUGUUGCCUUCUCAAGGAGUCCUCCUGCAUCCCUAUGGCGUGCCUAUGAUUGUUCCAGCAGCCCCCUACUUCCCCGGACUGAUCCAGGGUAAUCAGGAAGCAGCAGCUGCCCCUGACACAAUGGCUCAGCCUUACGCUUCGGCCCAGUUUGCCCCCCCUCAGAACGGCAUCCCCGCGGAAUACACGGCCCCUCAUCCCCACCCCGCGCCAGAGUACACGGGCCAGACCACCGUUCCCGAGCACACGUUAAACCUGUACCCUGCCGCGCAGUCGCACUCGGAGCAGAGCGCCGCGGACACGAGCGCGCACACCGUCUCGGGCACCGCCACACAGACAGAUGAUGCGGCGCCCACGGAUGGUCAGCCCCAGACACAACCUUCCGAAAAUACGGAAAACAAGUCCCAGCCCAAGAGGCUGCACGUCUCCAACAUCCCCUUCAGGUUCCGGGAUCCCGACCUCCGACAAAUGUUUGGCCAAUUUGGUAAAAUCUUAGAUGUUGAAAUUAUUUUUAAUGAGCGAGGCUCAAAGGGAUUUGGUUUCGUAACUUUCGAAAAUAGUGCCGAUGCGGACAGGGCGAGGGAGAAAUUACACGGCACCGUGGUAGAGGGCCGUAAAAUCGAGGUAAAUAAUGCCACAGCACGUGUAAUGACAAAUAAAAAGACUGUCAACCCUUAUACAAAUGGCUGGAAAUUGAAUCCAGUUGUGGGUGCAGUGUACAGUCCCGAAUUCUAUGCAGGCACCGUGCUGUUGUGCCAGGCAAACCAGGAGGGAUCUUCCAUGUACAGUGCCCCCAGUUCACUUGUAUAUACCUCCGCAAUGCCCGGCUUCCCGUAUCCAGCCGCCACCGCCGCGGCCGCCUACCGAGGGGCGCACCUGCGAGGCCGCGGCCGCACCGUGUACAACACCUUCCGGGCCGCGGCGCCCCCGCCCCCGAUCCCGGCCUACGGCGGAGUAGUGUAUCAAGAGCCUGUGUAUGGCAAUAAAUUGCUGCAGGGUGGUUACGCUGCAUAUCGCUACGCCCAGCCCACCCCUGCCACUGCUGCUGCCUACAGUGACAGAAAUCAGUUCGUCUUCGUUGCAGCAGAUGAAAUUUCUUGUAACACCUCUGCAGUUACGGACGAGUUUAUGCUACCGACCCCUACCACCACACACUUGCUCCAGCCCCCACCUACGGCGUUGGUGCCAUGAAUGCUUUUGCACCCUUGACUGAUGCCAAGACUAGGAGCCAUGCUGAUGAUGUGGGUCUCGUUCUUUCUUCAUUGCAGGCUAGUAUAUACCGAGGGGGAUACAACCGUUUUGCUCCAUACUAAAUGACAAAACCAUAAAAACCUUCCAAUGUGGGGAGAAAGGAAGCUUUCCGAGGCCUGGGUAUUGCAAUACAUGCAGUAGUGCAUCAUUUUAGCAUCUAAAAAAAAAAUAAAAAGAGGAAAAAAAGUACAUUUUUUAUCUUAUACCUCAGAUAUUUUGUUCUGUGUAUUUUAAUAUUGUGGGUCUUUCAUUUCCUGAAGGUUCCGUAGUUUGGUUGCUGGCUGUAGGAGUUUUUGUGGUUGAUCUAGAGAGAUGCUAGCUAUGACUAAAAACUGGUGUAGGGCCAUAUCCAGAGUGCUAUCUCAUGUAAAUGAAUUAUAUAUGCUGAAUAUUAAGCUACUGGGGUUAUCAGCUGUUUGGGAAGCGUGUAAGUGACUACAGGAGUCAUGUUCUUCUGCAUCUGCAUUAUUUUAUUUUAUGAAAGGGGAAGGGUGGGCGGCACCUAGGGGGUUGGGACUGGGGUUUGGCUGAAAGAAAAAAAAAAUAGUAACUGAUGAAUCUAAACGACCCACACUGCACCAACAACCAUAUAUCAACGGUUCUAAGUCACUCGUUGUCAGUUCAAGCCAAAGGUUAUGUUGUUAAGGGGAUGCUUCUAAUAAUACUUGUGCAUCCGAGCUGAAUGCAGCUGUGCAAACCCACCCUUUAAACCAUUCCACCCGGCGGUAUUCAGCUUCUUAACCAGCCGCUAGUUAUUUAGGCAAAAGACUGAUAGUUAGGCCAUCCACAAGCAUUCUUUUUAUAUUUCUUCCAGUAUAAUAAAUUAUUGAUAUCAUUGCUGACUUUUAUAUUAUGGGAGGGAAAAAAAAAUAACAUUAAUAAAAAGGUGAUAAAAAGCACUGUUUCUAUUUUUUUCUUUUUUUCCAAAAAAAAGAAAGUAAUAAAAACUUAAAUUCUUUGUACCAGUGAAAAAAAAUGUAUAAAAUUUACAUCUGUGCAGUGGCAUUGUUAAGUUCUAGAAACAGUCAUAUGAAGCUUUAGUUUUAGCCUUGUAGAACAACUGUUACAGACAGACGUAUAAUUUUUAUGGAAUUACAUGAUAAUCAUAUUCGGAUUUAUAGAAGCAUUUUACAAGUAUUGCAGUCAUUGGGUAGAGAUAAUCAUGGUACUUUCAUCCGCUUGGUACUUUUUGAAACAUGGCCGUGUCGUGUAAGCAACCUGCAAUUUUUCAGUCCGUGAGAGCCCGCCCUCCCAUUCCUCCUGGUCCCCGAGGAUUCUCUCAAAUCAGUAUCUUUAGUUUGUUUUUUUUUUUUGUCUCCAAGGCCCAGGACACUUGUCAGAAGGAAGCAAAAAAGUAGGUCCACCCUCAACAGCCCCCAAAGAACAAAGUCCCCCCACCUCUGACGCAGGGCCCGAGUGACACAGCCGAAAAAUUGCAGUUUGUCCGUAUACUUCUUCUGUUUGAAGUCUUUCCAUGUUGUCCUGUUUACAAAGUUAAUCUAAGUUGGGUGUCACAGACCUUCCUGUUUUUGUAUUUAAAUAAAAAAAAAAUCCUGCAGCAAGUCGUCCCCAGUAGUUUUGCUGCCAUAGGUAAAAUUUCCAUGUGUGCGGUGCAGGCCAUCUGGCAUGCACUUUAGUAAAGCUAUCAAUUCACCGCUGUGACCUGCCAAACUGCUGUAACAACUCUGCUUUAAGACAAAAACCAAACAAAACUUAAAAAAAAAAAAAAAGUGUUUGUGAUCCAGCUUUUCUCUUGUCAUCCUAUGUGCAUGCAGUAAGAUCGGUUGGAUAUUAAAUAAAGUCUCACGAGAUUUGAAAACCGAGUUUCUGUAGCUUCGCUAUCUAAGACAGAUCACCGUGAUCUUGCAAAAAGAGAGAAACGGGGGAAAAAACUGCUUAGCGGCCAAAAGUAGAAAAAGAUGUUCUUUUGACCAGAUUGAUUUGGUGGGGGCGGGGGCGCGUGAGGGUGUUUCAGAGCAUCCCUGAGACAUUCUCGUCCCCCUACCUGGAAGAUGGUGUCAUGACAAUGGGUGCCUGGUUGAUGUUUUUAAGGGAAACGAUGUACUAAAAUGCUACCGCAUCCGACCCCAAAGGGGAACAAGGUAGAAGGAACAGAGGGCUCGGGAGAAUCAAGUGAUGUCUCCCAUUUGCCUCAGAUUUCAAAAUCCAGAAUUUGCAUUGUAUUUGGAAUCACAAACAUAGAAUUCUUACUGUGUUGGUUCAAGUAAAAUUAAUUUGCAGUUUUGAUUUUCAUCGAUGAGCUGUACUUUCCCCCAUGAUUGUAUGUAGUUUUAAUAAAAUCAUUUAGAGCCGCCUGGGUGCCAACUGAUGUUACAGAAUCUUUUGUCAGGCACUCCUCCAAGAGGCCAAUAAGUCAUUUUAAACUGUAUGUCAGAGAUGUAAACAGACAUUUUGGAUUUUUUUAAACGGUAUUUAUUUGGAAUGUUUUCAUUUAUCUAAAUAACUAUUGCUAUUAUGAAUUAUGGAAAAAAGAUUACUAUCAUGUGUGGCAUAUAGUGACUUAACACACACCUCACGCAAUCUGCAAACCCAGAAAAUGUGUAUAUCUGUCUUUAGAAAUUAGUGUUUAUAUCACUUACAGUGGUUUGUGAAUAAAGAAAACUGGUUUGUAAUAUCAAAAAAUAAAAGCUUAGUCUGAAAAGGUC